AUGACUGAGUCACGUGCGCGCAGACGAGGGAGGAGGCAGGCCCAUCAUGGCCAUCAGAACCAGAGUGGCCAGCUGGGGGACAGCACCACCUACUCUGACCUCCUCCCGACAACGAUAAGCCAGAAUCCUGAAAAGAUUUCUCAGACCCUCGUCUUCUAUUCUUCUACCAGUACUGCAAGCAACGUCGCUCCAAGAGGCACCAGCUCCGACGAGAAGGAGCUCGCGUCCCGACUGAAGGACACUGCACUCUACCACGCAGCUUUGAGACCACACAAGGAUCAGGCAACAUCUACAAACGAGGUGGAAGAGCAGGAUGAAAUGGCUGAGGUCAACAAAAAAGGAAUGCAACAAAGCAACACUGACGGCAAGAUGACUGAUAGCAUUAAAGCUGAGAGCAAGGAAACUGAGAAUCCUAUCGCCUCCGUCGGCACCAAUCGCAAUUGUGCCGUCACGAUCUGGAGCAUCCCCGAUGGUUCCACCGAGUCCAUGAUCCUCGAGGCUAUCGCCGAGCACAAGCCAGGCAAGGUUCUCGCCUGCGACGUCUACGUAAUCCCCGGGCCCAACAACGUCCCUCCCGCCAUGUCCGUUGCCAGCGUCCGGUUCAUGCGCCCCGAGGCUGCCACGCGCCUGGUUCAGAUCGGCAACAAGCCAGACCAGGGUAUCUACGUCAAGGGAAAGAGGGCCAAGAUCACGCUUGCUCACCGACCACAGCCCGCAUACCUGAAAGAGCCGGCGAGUCGCGUUGUCAUCUUCCGCGGCCCCAGGGCCAUCGUCAAUCCCAUCGCCCUACGCAAGUUGUGGGGCUUCAAGGAGCAGACUGAGACCAUCAAUGUGGGAAAGGUCGAAAAGGGCAUGUGUCAGAUCGAGUGGCGCUUCUGCUCCUAUGCUUACAACGCGGAGCCUGCCUUUUGUGUCUUCGAUGACCUGUACGGAAGACAGGCUACGCUUCAAUUCUUGUUUCCUGACCCCGCCUCAGCAGCCUUAUUGUGCCUGAAUUCUGACACCGGCACCACGACCUCAUUAGUGCUUUGGACUUGGCCCAGGAUGAAGAGCUGGCACGAAAGAGACUGCAGACGGCCGGAUGUAGUGCUGAUGGAAAAUAAUCCGACAUGCCUCAGCUGUGGAUCACUCUUCAUUCAUAAUGAAGACGAGGCACAGGGACAGCUGAGCAAGCACACCCCAGCGGUCGAUAAAGCCUCAUCCCGCCUCACUCUCGACUGGCCCUCUUCGAUCACUUUUUCCAGUCCAGACGACGUCACGGACCCAGGAGUCAGGAGAAUUCAUACUAACUUGGAUCAAGAGAUCGUUAAAGGUAGCGGAACUUCCGAAAUGACACCCUCAAAGUACGAGCCCUUCACGGAACACGACUUAACGACAAGGACAGAAGUCGGGUACAGCGUAGGAACAGGACUCCUCACGGAUCAUGCAGUGACUUCAGUUUAUGGAACUCAGAAAUCUACCAAAAAGUUGGAUCCAUACGCAGCUUCAAGAAUUCAAAUGCAAAGCAUGAAUCCAGAUGCUGUGUAUCACUCGUUGAUGGGUACUGAUGAGAUCCGCCUCCUUCAUUUGGACUCUUAUGAUACUGUAGCACAACCUCUUCACGGGUUCCUUAGGCCAACAAAGUUGUCUCACCGACCUGAUUAUAUCGCUUUGUCCUAUACGUGGGCAGAUGCAGAUGGAGACAGAACUUUACGCGAGAGGAUCUUCCUCGGGAGUGCUUGGACCCCGUUCGCAAUCACGAGGAACUGCGCAGCAGCACUCCGUCGGCUACGAUCGAGAGGGGGUACACGCACUGUUUGGAUAGACGCUAUUUGUAUUGAUCAGGCAAAUACUGGAGAGAGAUCUCACCAGGUCUCACUGAUGAGGGAUAUCUAUUCACGGGCCGAAUCCGUGGCUAUUUUCCUGGGCGGAGACACAGGCCAUGACACUAGCAGCCCAUCAGCACAACUAAUGCAAAGGCUGAGUGAUGAUCGCUUUCGCGCCGGGAAAGCAGUAAAAUAUGAUUGGGGCGGCGAGUUCGACUUUCACAGUGUCUUGGAUCUAUUUCGGCGACCGUAUUGGUCGCGCAUCUGGGUGAUACAGGAGGUUCUGCUUGCAAGGAGGGCUGAUCUCAUAUUUGGAAGUGCAAGCAUACCCUUCCAUGAGUUCACCGAAAACUUCAUGAAAAGACUUCCAGAAGCUGCCAAGGACCUGUUGCCUCUAUGGGUGUACUCUCAUGGCACUUCGCCCUUUGGGGAUGUGGCAGCAUUUUCUGACCUUUUAAACAAAACCUCCACAUGCAAAGCAUCUGAUGAAAGAGACAUGGUCUUUGCUUUGUUUGGACUUAUGCAAGGAGCGAGUCUGGAAGGCUUGAUAGCCGAUUAUACGAAGACGUUGUCGGAGAUUUAUAUUGGUCUUGCCGCGUACUUCCUGAUUCGCCACGGACAGUCAGGGCUUCUCAAAGCGGCUGCGUGUGCGGCUUUCAGCACUCAAAUACGAGACCAAGAUGAUAUCCAUGCUCCGGAUCGUCAAUUGCCAUCGUGGAUUCCAUUCGGCAGAGCUUUGUCUCUCCAUGAGACCGAGCUCUUCCAGGACAGGAAGCCUCCCACUCUCAAUCGAUGGCGGGCGAUUCUUGCCGCGUGUGGCAGGAGACCGGGCCGUAUGGAAUACCAUCACCUGACCGUCAUACAUCCGAGAAGCUACGAGCCCUCUCAGGCACCCCUGAAUACUUUCAGAGUAUUUGAUGACAACUGGAUCAUUGAAGUGCCCGGUUGUGACGAAUUGCUACACCUUACGCCCUCCGGCAGAGCACCUGGCACGUAUGAGAUCGCUUCGUUGUCGUCAGUACUCUUGGUCACACGAUCCCGACGACCAGUACAAUCAGACCUGACUGAGCAAAACGGGUCGUUGUCGGAGGAACCCCCGAGCAGGGACUAUAGACUUUGGAUGCCACUAAUGUCCUUUGGCCUGCAGGAAUUACUUUUUCUCUCUACGUGGGACUCCACGACUCAAAUGGACAAAUUGAUAGCUCCACGUGCGCCAGGAGUUGGCGAUUCACUGAUCGACCUAUCACAAACAAUUUUGAUGGAGUACAGUCGGUGGCUGGAAACGAGAUUCACACCUCCCACUGGCGAUGACUGGCUUGGCAAGUUUGACGCUGUGGUGAGAACGGUGUCCAUGUACUUGGAGAGAUGGGAGGACCUCGAUCUUUGGUCUAGAAUGUACCGCCUCGUGGUUGCACUAUCAUGGUCUGAAAAGUUGAAGGAGCUCGCAAGAAUAAAAGCGGACGUCUGGCAUUAUCUGACCCAGAGGGAACGGUGGACUGAUUCUCACGACGAAACGGAGGAUCUCAUGCGUUGGGAACUUAGGCUUUGUCAACUUUUUGAUGACAUAGUGGGACGACUUGUGGACAUUCCUCUGGAAACAAAUGAAGGCGAAAAAUGCCUAGGACACUUUAUGUCGACGAAAACCUGCUCGUUAUUGCGGAACAGUAUCAACAAUAUACCAGACACCUGGAGUGUCGAAGAUAUCCAAGCCAAAGAAGCGACAAUCUUCGAAGACUGGACGGGAGUGGAAUCAUGCUGGGAAUUCAUGGAGCAGUCGACGAUUGUGUGCUAUGAUUUGCGGAUCAAAUUUGUUCAGUUGCGUACCCUGAAGCGGCUUUUUGGGUCGGAGCAUCGCGAUUUCUUGAUAUCCUAG